AUGUCCGCCGCUCACGGGGACCUGAUUAAGGCAGACUCUCGUCUUAAUAAAAUUAAGAAGGAGUUCAACAGAUCAGCCUCGAGACCGAUUGAGUUUGCUUCCGUAGGGUCACUCCAACGAAAAGAGAUAGAGAGAGGCGAAGAAGAAACAGACCGACUGAGGCGAAAGCUCGCUCAGAUUUACCCCAGACUCCAGGCCGAGCUCGACUCAUACUUGAGAAUAUCAGCGAAUCCUGUUACUCAACCAGGGACGCCCACGCACAUUCGGAACGAAUCGGACCUCGAACCGCGGUUGUCGGAGCUGCGCCAAUCGAUACUGAAAUCAGGGGAGAGUCGCCUGCAAAGCGAGGUCACGGCGCUGCAGGAGGUCAUCAACGAGGAAAAACAAAGGAAGCGGAUCUUGGCAGACGAACUCGAAGCGCAAAAGAGAAAAAACCAGUCCCUGGAGGACAGAGUCAGCACACUUGAGGUCAUGUUCAAAACGAUGAAACCGGAGGUGGAGGUGCAAAUAUCCUCAGAAAUCAACAAACAAAUCAUUCCUAGGAUGACGAGCCUGGAAGAUAGCCUUGACAAAGGUUUAUCGAAUAAUGCUGAGGCGACCAAGCAGCUUCAAAGACUUAUAGAUGGUCAUACGGAACAACUAGCCAAUCUAACUAGUAAACGUUCAGCCGACCUUGUAGCAGGUCCGGGCAGCACAACAGUCGCUCAAGCGGCGACACCCAACGUCACAGCAGAAACGAUCCGACUCCGGGACAACCUCGAAAUUCAAGCCCGGAAUAUCAAUUUCAUGCAAAAAGAGAAGCUGGAACCAUUAUCGAAAAUUCGAGAUCUCGAAAGGUCUAUGGAGCAGUCUUCGCAAGAUUGUCAACAGGCAAAGAGACUUGUUAAGAUCCAAUCUUCCGUGGCCGAAGAUUAUCAAAAAAAGCAGCGUUCUUUGGAGGAGAGGUUCUCAACCCUGGAAAGCGCUGCUGGUGAACAGGCCAAGAAGCAACGUUCUUUGGAGGAGAAGUUCUCAACCUUGGAAAACGCUGCUGGUGACCAGGCCAAGGAGCAACGUUCUUUGGAGGAGAAGUUCUCAACCUUGGAAAACGCUGCUGGUGAACAGGCCAAGGAGCAACGUUCUUUGGAGGAGAAGUUCUCAACCUUGGAAAACGCUGCUGGUGACCAGGCCAAGAAGCAACGUUCUUUAGAGGAGAAGUUCUCAACCUUGGAAAACGCUGCUGGUGACCAGGCCAAGAAGCAACGUUCUUUAGAGGAGAAGUUCUCAACCUUGGAAAACGCUGCUCAUGACCAGGGCAAGAAACACAGUGAACUAAACACUACCUUCACUCGCUUGUACUCUGAACAGGUUGAGGAUAACAGGGCAAGAGACACUACCAUUGCCACCUUGAAAUCCAGCACAGAAAGUUUCCGAAAAAAGACAGAGUUUCUAGAGGCAAACGUUGCCUCUUUGAGUGCAUCAAUAAAAGAAAAACUGCAGACCGAGGAAGGCCAGGCAUCGGACUUGGUUCAAUUGCAGUCGUCCGUAAACCAGCUGCAGAAAAGAACUGACGAUUUGGGCCAGAAACUCAAUUCGGAUUUGGCUCAGCAGGAGAAGAGAACUCAUGAUUUGGGGCAGAAACUCAACUCGGAUAUGGCUCAGCUGCAGUCGGUCAUAAAUCAGCUACAGAAAAGAACUGAUGAUUUGGGGCAAAAACUCAAUUCGGAUAUGGCUCAGCUCCAGUCAGCUGUAAAUCAACAGCAGAAAAGAGCCGACGAUUUGGGCCAGAAACUUGCCUCUGUAUCGUCCACCUCUACAGCCCAGGCAUUAGACCUAUCCUCCCUGCAAGCGUCUAUCGAAAAGCAUAAUAUCAGGAGCAACCUACUGGAAAAGAAUGUUACUUCCCUGAAAAGCGAAAUUACAAAACGGCCGCCUCAAGAUUUCGAGAAACUCAAUGCGAAAAUUCAAGAGUAUCCGCCUGCUGCCGAUCUCAAUUGCAUUGUGGCGGACUUUCCGUCAAGCAAAGACAUCAAGAUGCUCAUCGCCGAUAUGCCAAGAUUGAGAGAAUCUGUGUCGAAAUUGAAAGCGUGCAAGACCCCGACUCCGCCUCCGCCCAACUCUACUUCUUCAACGACCAAUGAGACAAUAACUCAGGUUGUUGAAGACAAGAUUAUGCAGCUGGAUAUUGCCACAAAGGAGGAGAUGUACAAGUUGUUUGAGGACUUGUUCAAAAAACUAAGUCAUGAUAAUGAAGAGUGCGCAAAACAAUCGUUCGCGGAUGUCAACAAAAAGUUGGAGGAGAGCAAAGAGCAGACGGAAACGGCUAAAAAGGCCGGCGAGAGCCUACAGAAACUUUUCAACGAGCAUACCGCCGAAGUCAAAAAGAAAAUUGAUCAGUUACUUGAACAUGUGGAAAACGAGUUCAAAGAAGUGGAGUUUCAGAUACAUGCGAUAGAUGACUGGAGGAAGAAGUUGAACACCAAGAAAUGGUACGACAAUAUGGCCAAGCACGUCACAAGCUACGCGUCCUCUUAUUUCCAUCAGCAACUGACAAGUCUCUCUGCACGUGUUGACAACCUUGAAUACCGACCUGACGAGUCGGAGGGCCCGAACAAGAGACGCAGAACAGGCAGUAGUAACCCCCCGGCGAGUAAUGGCGCUCCUUAG